GAUAUUCGACACUUCUGGCCUUGCGAGCAGCUGUUUCCUCCCUCCCCGGGCGCUUAUAAACCUCAGCCCUGCAGCUCCCGCUCGCUGCACCCCAUCUCUUUGCCCCGGUCAGCACCUCAGGACCCCGGCUCCAGCCUCAGGGUCCUCAUGGCCGCUGAGCCACUGACAGAGCUGGAGAUGGCCAUCGAGACCGUGGUCACUACCUUCUUCACCUUUGCAGGGCAGGAGGGCAGGCGGGGCAGCCUCAACAUCAAUGAGUUUAAGGAACUGGCCACCCAGCAGUUGCCUCACCUGCUCAAGGAAGUGGGCUCCCUAGAUGAGAAGAUGAAGAGCUUGGACGUGAAUCAGGACUCAGAGCUCAAGUUCAAUGAAUACUGGAGGCUGAUUGGGGAGCUGGCCAAGGAGGUCAGGAAGGAGAAGGCCCUGGAGAUCCAGAGGAACUAAAGCCAACUGCGGGGAU